AUGGAAGACAAUCAAUCUAUUCUCUAUCACGGUGCCUACUCCAUCUGCGCUCUUAUGGUGCGCUAUACUCUGGCCCUAAAAGGGCCUCCAAAAGAUGAUACUUCGACCUUAAACGUGCGCGAAGUAUCAGUCGAUCUUUUCCAAGGGGAACACUUGACUGAAGAAUUUCUCUGCGAAAUUAAUAAAUACGGCCAGAUUCCCGUCCUAGAUACUAGGAAGGGAACCCCGAUUGAAGAUAGUCUCCAGAUCACCUUUUUCAUUGCAGAGCGAUAUCCAAACCUGAUACCCAAAAUUCAUAAAGAGGAAAUCACUUCUCUACUUAAGGAGCUGCAUGGAGUGAACUAUUUCUCGCUUUCUUUUGCAGAUUUUGGCGGUGCGCGUGUAGCGGCUGGGCUUGCGGCAGCAAUCGAAAAACUCCUCCAAGAUCCUACCAUCUCAGAUCGUUAUCGCAAGGCGUUGGAGUUUAAGCUUGACGUUGUGAAAAGUUUCAAGGUCGCAGGAACGGAACCCGAGACAAUUAAGGAGAUGGAGCGUCGUGCUAAAGUUAUCCUCGAUCGUUUGGCGAAUACACUCCCGGAGAAUUCUCAUGAAUCUAGCGUUGGUCCUUGGAUGUUUGGUUUACAGGAGCCUUCUGCCCUAGAUGCACAUGCGGUUGUCUUUAUUGAGCGGAUGCGAGACGUUGGCCGAAUCGGGUUGGUGCCAGAUAAACUUGAUGCUUAUUCUCAGAGGGCUACAGAGCAAGAUGCAUGGAGAAGUGUGAUGAAUGGGCGGAGGACCAUGGCCCCACGUCCCAAAGCCUAG